AUGACAGGCUCGAACCGAGUGGUUGAUCACACCACCUUUUCCGAGCUUCUGUGGCGAAGAGAUCCUUUCUCCGUCAAUUUCUUUGUCCUGCCACCUGGAAUCCAACCCCUCUCCCAUUUGCUGGGGGAAGAGUUCAUUGAGGUGCUCAAGGAUGUAUUUGCGCUGCAAUGCAUCCGAGACUCUGCCCUUUUCGGCAAGGAGGAUGUGAUGUCGAUGGCACAAAUCGAUAAUCAUCAGGCAUCCAUCCAGUCGAGGCUGUCCCAUCUUUCAUUACAGCUCCUGCGCAAGCUACAAGAAGCAAACGACCAUGUCGUAUGGGAUGACUGGCCUGAUUUGCUAGCUUGGCUGCUGCACAUUGGCGGAGCAUUUUCCCCCACGGGAAGUAUCCGAUCAGGUUACGUGGCACUGUUACAUGUGAACCGCCACACCCGGCUGAGAACCUUGUAUACAUCAUGGCCGGAAUUGCUGGAAAUUCUAAAGCAGUUCAUUUGGUCGGACAAGGCAUUUCUGUCACAGGUCAAGGCGUUCUGGAAAGAAGGUCUUGUCGAGAGUAGACUUGACUACCUAGUUUAA